AUGGCAGGGUAUGGAGCCUUAGCGCACGCCCUCGCAUGCGGCGGCAGCGGCAGCAACACAAGCAAAGGCAGCGCAGGCGAUCGCAGGGUUCCGCCGAGGGAGGGAGAUGGGCAGCUAUUCGCGAGUCUGGAAGAAAGCAUGCAACCACCCCAAGCAGCACCAGCAAUACGUGGAGGAACUCCUCUCCUUCGGCUCCUUCUCUGGAGUACCCGUGUUACGCACUUCUGUGGCAAGGCCAUGGCUACUCUGAAGCCCACGACAACUCCCCUUCCAGCGCUCUCAGCAGCGACUCCAGCGGCAAAAGUUGGAGGAAGCAGCAAUUCAGUGCUGCCUCCAGAGCUUGCAGAACGGUACUGCAUUGAGAGGGAAGCUGGCCGUGGGGUAUACGGCACAGUCUACGUUUGCCGACUGCGGGAACCUUCCCCUGCGACUCCUACAGAGGCGCUCGCAGGAGUCUGGCCAGAGGAGGGCCCCCCCUGCUCGGGCGCCCCCUCCUUGGGGCCCCCCCCCGAAGGGACAGGGGAGCUGCGGGUAGCCGUAAAGAAGGUGCGACUGCCGUGUUUUCGCCUCAAAGGCGUUUUCGGAUUGGAUCAGCAGGCUGUGCGUGAGCUUUCCGCCUUGCGAACUCUCUCCCACGCCAACAUCGUGGCGCUUAAGGCCUUCCACUUCUCCAUGGAAGCGUGGCAGCACUCCGAAGAUGCCCAACCGCCACAGGAAGCCAAGAAGAAGAGGAAGAAGAAGCUUAGGCCCACCUUCUACUUCAUCACGGAGCUGUGCGAUGCGGAUCUCGCGGAGGUGCUUGCGCAGCAGCAGAGCAAGCACCAAAGAUUCCUCAAAUACGCAGCACACCCGCAACAUCGCGCAGCGCGAGAACAGCCACCAGCAGAGAUCACAAGCAGCAAGCGGCCGCACCUCCAUAGGGAGCCUGUGGAGACAGCACCACUCCCAGGGUUCUCUGAGGAAGACGCGAAGCUCAUUGUUUACCAGUUGCUGCAAGCGCUAGCGCAUUGCCAUUCCAGAGGAGUGCUGCAUCGUGAUGUCAAACCGCAAAAUAUUUUCCUAUCGAAGGAGACGGACGCGCAGACACAGCGCCAAAGGUGGGUGGUGCGUUUGGGAGACUUUGGACUGAGCAGCCCCUUCUUAAGCUGCGAAGGGCAGCGCACUGCGGACGUCGUGACAAGGCUUUAUAGAGCACCCGAGCUUCUUUUAGGGCAGACUUCCUAUGGCCCAGCUGUUGAUGUGUGGAGUGCAGCAGCUGUCGCAGACUGCAGCCGAGUUGCUGCUUGGAAGUCCGCUAUUUGGUUGCUCCUCGGAAGCGCAGCUGCUGGAGCGCAUCAAACGUCUCCUGGGACGAACUGCCGAGGUGCAGCUGCAGCAAAUGGCAGGAGAACAACACAUCUCAAUAGAGUUAUGUCUGUCCUGCGCACUGCUGCUCCUUCCUUCUGUGACUGCAGUUUGCUGGUUGUGCAGCCAGCGGAGCGCCCCUCAUGCGUAGCUGCACUGAUGCAUCCCUGGCUCACGACCUUCAAUAUUGGAAAAGAGGCUGCUGCUGCAGCGGCCAUCGCAGCAAGUAAGGACACCCAACGUCUCUACAGCCCUUUGCUACAAAGAAAUGCUGGGGUUCCCUUGCCUGCCUUGCGUCGCUGA